UAUUUUUUAUUUUUAUUUUUUGUUAAUUUUUGUAAUGAUUGUGAUAUAUAUUACAUAGAGGCAACCAAAUUGUACAAUCUCGGCAUGGAAAGAUAAAAACUUGAAAAGCCGGGGAACCACAAUCCUUUUGCCGCCGUGCGUUUAUACUCAGUUAGCCGGAGUCGCUUGCUUCAAAAAUCCCGAGAAUGGCCUCGAAAUCGUUCAAGGCCACCCCAUCCAACCUCUCCAUAUCCUCUGACACGCUCUCCGGGACAAACCCCUCCGGCAGCCGGCCUCCUCUCCCCCCUCACGUCGUCACGUUCGCCCGCCGAACCCCUUCCGGCCGCUACGUCAACUACUCCAGAGACGAUCUCGACAGCGAACUCAGCUCGUCCGAUUAUCUCAAUUACACAGUCCACAUUCCCCCGACACCCGACAACCAGCUCAAUAACGACCCAGUAGCCCAACGGGUCGAAGAACAAUAUGUCUCAUCAUCCCUCUUCACGGGCGGGUUCAACUCCACGACCCGGGCCCACCUCAUGGACCGGGUCACCGACUCUAACUCCUCCCCUCUCCACCCGCAGAUGGCCGGAGUCAAAGGCUCGUCUUGCGCGGUCAACGGUUGUGACGGGAAAGUGAUGAGUGACGAGAGGGGUAACGAUAUCCUCCCCUGCGAGUGCGAUUUCAAAAUAUGUCGGGAUUGCUAUCUCGACGUGCUGAAAACGGGCGAUGGGAUUUGCCCGGGAUGUAAGGAGGAGUACAAGACAACUGACCCGAAUGAAGUCAUGGAUGGGUGGGUUGGGUCGUCGUUGCCCCAGCUGCCGGGCCCACAGGUGGGGGGUUCGUCGAGGGUCGAGAGGAGGCUGUCGAUAAUGAGGUCGAGCAAGUCGGGACUGAUGAGGAGUGGGACGGGAGUGGAUUUCGAUCAUAAUCGGUGGCUUUUCGAGACUAAGGGGACUUAUGGUUAUGGGAAUGCUAUUUGGCCCAAGGAGAAGGAUGGUAAUGAGGUUAAUGAUGGUCGUGGUGGUGGUGUUGAUGCUGAGUCGCCGGGAUUUAUCAGCAAGCCGUGGAGGCCGCUUACUCGGAAGCUCAAGAUUCCGGCAGCCAUCAUUAGUCCUUACCGGCUUCUAAUCGUGGUCCGAAUGGUAGUCCUCGGCUUCUUCCUCACAUGGAGAAUCCGGCACAAAAACAACGACGCCAUUUGGCUUUGGGGAAUGUCCGUCGUGUGUGAAGUCUGGUUCACAUUCUCAUGGAUACUCGAUCAGCUCCCAAAACUCUGCCCCGUAAACCGUGCCACUGACCUCAACGUACUCAAGGAAAAAUUCGAGACCCCAACCCCAAACAACCCCUCCGGAAAAUCCGAUCUCCCGGGCAUAGACGUGUUUGUCUCGACAGCCGAUCCCGAAAAGGAGCCCCCACUCGUCACAGCCAACACCAUACUUUCCAUACUGGCAGCCGAUUAUCCUGUCGAGAAGUUAGCUUGUUAUGUUUCGGAUGAUGGAGGGGCACUUUUGACAUUUGAGGCCAUGGCAGAGGCCGCCAGCUUCGCGAACCUGUGGGUCCCGUUCUGCCGCAAGCACGGAAUCGAGCCGAGGAAUCCCGAGAGCUAUUUUAAUCUGAAGAAGGAUCCGUACAAGAACAAGGUUCUUAAGGAUUUUGUUAAGGACAGGAGAAGGGUGAAGAGAGAGUAUGAUGAGUUUAAGGUUCGGAUUAAUGGGCUGCCCGAGUCGAUUAGACGGCGAUCAGACGCGUACCAUGCGAGAGAGGAGCUUAGGGCAAUGAAGGAACAAAGGCGGCAGAUAAAAGAGGAUGAGCCGAUUGAGGAGGCGGUGAAGAUUACGAAGGCGACUUGGAUGGCUGACGGGACACAUUGGCCCGGGACUUGGUUGAGUCCGUCGGCCGAUCACUCGAAAGGCGAUCAUGCUGGGAUAAUACAGGUUAUGCUGAAGCCCCCAAGCGACGAGCCCCUGUGCGGCAGCUCGUCCGAGGAGCCCCGCACGAUGGACCUGACGAGCGUCGACAUCCGCUUACCCAUGCUCGUUUACGUGUCCCGCGAGAAGCGCUCGGGCUACGACCACAACAAGAAAGCCGGAGCCAUGAACGCCCUCGUCCGGGCCUCGGCCAUCAUGUCGAACGGGCCUUUCAUCCUCAACCUCGAUUGCGACCAUUACAUCUAUAACUCGCAAGCCAUGCGCGAAGGCAUGUGCUUCAUGAUGGACCGCGGAGGAGACCGCAUUUGCUACGUCCAAUUCCCCCAACGCUUCGAAGGAAUCGACCCUUCCGACCGAUACGCCAACCGCAACACCGUCUUCUUCGACGGCAACAUGCGGGCCCUCGACGGGCUUCAAGGCCCGGUUUACGUGGGAACGGGUUGCCUCUUCCGCCGGGUCGCCCUAUACGGGUUCGACCCGCCCCGCUCUAAAGAACACAGCCCGGGUUUCCUCUCCAUGUGCUUCUCCGGCCGCCAGAAAACUCGAACCGGGCCCGCCGGAAACUCGGACGAGGAGAACAAGGCGUUGAGGAUCUCGGACGACGACGAGUUCUCGUUUUCCGGCAACCUCUCGAUCGCCCCGAAAAUGUUCGGAAACUCGAGCCUCCUUAUCGACUCGAUCCCGGUGGCCGAGUUUGGGGGACGCCCGCUCGCCGACCACCCGUCGGUGAAAAACGGGCGGCCGCCGGGCGCCCUAACCGUCCCGCGGGACCCGCUCGACGCGCCCACCGUGGCCGAGGCUAUAAGCGUAAUUUCGUCGUGGUACGAGGAGAAAACCGAGUGGGGCCAACGGGUCGGGUGGAUUUACGGGUCGGUUACGGAAGACGUCGUCACGGGCUACAGAAUGCACAAUCGAGGCUGGCGCUCGGUUUACUGCGUCACCAAACGAGACGCUUUCCGAGGAACCGCGCCGAUUAACCUAACCGAUCGGCUCCACCAGGUGCUCCGGUGGGCCACGGGCUCGGUCGAGAUAUUUUUCUCACGAAACAACGCUUUUCUCGCCAGCUCGCGAAUGAAGGUCCUUCAACGGGUCGCGUACCUGAACGUCGGGAUUUACCCUUUUACCUCUGUUUUUCUCAUCGUCUACUGUUUUCUCCCUGCUUUAUCGCUUUUUUCCGGGCAGUUCAUCGUGCAGACGCUGAACGUCACGUUCUUGAUCUACCUACUAACCAUUACAGUCACUCUAUGCGCGCUGGCAAUACUCGAGGUCAAAUGGUCGGGUAUCGAGCUCGAGGAAUGGUGGAGAAACGAGCAGUUUUGGUUAAUCGGGGGCACGAGCGCGCAUUUGGCGGCCGUUUUUCAAGGACUGCUUAAAAUCGUGGCAGGUGUCGAAAUUUCGUUCACGCUGACUUCGAAAUCAGGAGGGGAAGAUGAUGAUGACGAGUUUGCUGACCUGUACAUUGUGAAGUGGACUUCACUGAUGAUACCGCCGAUUGUUAUUAUAAUGGUGAACGUGAUAGCGAUUGCUGUGGGGCUGAGCCGAACGAUAUACAGCGUGAUACCGCAGUGGAGCCGUUUGUUGGGAGGAGUUUUCUUCAGCUUUUGGGUUUUGGCUCAUUUGUACCCGUUCGCGAAGGGGCUGAUGGGGAGACGAGGGAGAACGCCGACUAUCGUUUUUGUUUGGUCGGGACUUAUCUCGAUUAUUAUCUCGCUUUUGUGGGUGGCGAUUAAUCCGCCGGACGGGACGAAUCAGAUCGGGGGAUCGUUUCAGUUUCCUUGAUUAUAGGAUGAGUUUUUUUUUUCCAAUUUUUUUUUU